UUUCCUCGUGAAGGGAAAGAAAGGUGGCGGCGGCGGCGACGAUGGAGGCACCUCCAGGAGGCGGUGGAGGCAGCAGCAGCAGCUGCAAGCUGGAGUUUGCUGUCCAGAUGGUGUGUCAGAAUUGUGUUGAGGCCAUUCGGUCAUCCCUUCAUGGAAUACCAGGCCUCCAGGUGCUUAACGUCCAGCUGGAAUCACAGAGUGUGCUGGUGGAGACUAGCCUUGGUGCUGAGAAGGUCCAAAGCCUAUUGGAGAGCACCGGGCGCAGUGCUGUGCUGAAAGGGAUGGGAGCUUCUGUGCCUGGGAAUCUCGGUGCUGCCGCUGUGGCAAUGGUGUCUGGCCCAGGGUUGGUCCAGGGUGUGGUGAGGUUCUUGCAGCUGUCCCCACAAAGCUGCCUCAUUGAUGGCGCCAUUGACGGUCUGGAGCCGGGGCUGCACGGCCUGCAUGUGCAUGAGUUUGGGGAUGUCACCAAUUCCUGUGACAGCUGUGGAGACCACUUCAAUCCUCAUGGGGAAUGUCACGGGGGCCCCCAGGAUGUUCAUAGGCAUGCUGGGGAUCUUGGAAAUAUCUUGGCGGCUGAUGAUGGAAGGGCUUCCUUCCGGAUGGAAGACAACCAGCUGAAGGUUCAUGACAUCAUCGGCCGCUCACUGGUGGUAGAUGCAGGACAGGAUGACUUGGGCCGCGGAAGCCACCCACUCUCAAAAGUCACUGGAAAUUCGGGCGAGAGAGUGGCCUGUGGAAUCAUUGCGCGCUCUGCCGGCCUCUUCCAGAACCCCAAGAAAAUAUGCACCUGCGAUGGAGUGACGCUGUGGGAAGAACGGGAACAGCCUGCAGCCAGGCCAGACCGAAAAGCCCCUGGCCAACCCACCCCUCAUCUCUAGGCUUUGCAGUUCUGCCCAGGCUCUCUUUGGGCUAGGACAUCCCGAGGGUUCCAGCUGCUUUCAUUUUCCUAUGUCUCCUAAGUACAGUGUGUUAGGCAGGAGUUCAAUGGGUGCUGCUUUGUAGUGGCGUAGUAAUGGCGGGCACUUAGCCCCUUGAAUGUCUUAAUUGUGAAGUUCUUAAAAAGCACAAGAGGAGGAAAUGUAGCCUAUUCUGCAGUGACAUGGUAAAGUAUAAGUCCUUGUGAGGUAUGUCAUAUGAAUUAUAUCCCUUGUCUGAAUUCUAAAAGUCAUUUGUGAGCAAAGAAUUUGUUGGAAAGUGUUGUUGCUCUUUCAGUGUCUUUGGGCCACCCAUAAACAAGUCUGCUAGAUUUA